UCAUGGUGACUACUACGAAUGUAAGUGAUGAAGAUAAGAAGUUGAAAACAGUGAAGAAAAGGAGUUCCUCAGCAGCAACAAAAUCAAGAAGAGGAUGUAUGAGAGGAAAAGGAGGUCCAGAGAAUUCACUGUGCAAGUACAGAGGAGUUAGGCAAAGGACAUGGGGGAAAUGGGUUGCUGAAAUUCGUGAACCAAACAGAGGUGCUAGACUUUGGUUAGGUACUUAUAAUACAUCUCUGGAAGCUGCAAUUGCUUAUGAUAAAACUGCUUUUCAACUCUAUGGUUCUUCUGCUAAACUCAAUUUACCUCAUCAUCACCAUCAUCUCAAUCACCAAAAUCCUGUGAAAUCAUCACCAGCAUCUUCUUCUUUUUCUUCUACUACUACUUCUUCAAACCCUUGUACCCAAACUACCCAAAUGGAAGAAAAUCAACAAACAAAGCCUAGUAGUACAGUGGUCAAUAAUGAGGGGUGUCUUGAUUUGGGUAUGGGCUCUUUACAAGGGAAAGAAGAUGAGGGUAAUUCAGUAACGUACAAGACGGAGGAAGAUGAUAGUGAUCAAAUUGGUCAAUAUUGGGAGAACUUGUCUUUGACUUUCUCAGAUGAUCAAGAUAUCUUCAGAAGCUUAGAUACGCCAAUGAUGAAAGAAUAUGCAGCAGAAUUAGGAGGAUAUCCAAGUGUCGACUGAUACUCCUUCAAUCAUGGGCCGGUUCUGGCACGUGUUAUGUCAGUAGUGACUAGGGACCUAGGGUCGAUCUUUUUAUGUAAAAUACGUGUACAUUAGUAUGCAUAAAAUUAACAAUGUAAAAUCAUAUGGGGAAUGUACUUUUAAUAUGUUUAGAUUGUCGGCCCGCAAAUUUGUCUUUGGCCUGUGUCGUGUAAAAUCCAAAUUUCAGGUGUAGUAGAAUUUUGGCUUUCUUGUUGGUAGAUCGGCUCUCAUGUAA